AUGCCCUACGCCUCACGCUGGAAAAUCGACAUCCCAAACACCCACCUAGCCACGCUCCUCCUCAAAUCCCCAACAGCCCCCCUCUCCAAAACAAACAAGGCCUUCAUCGAAGCCGCCCGCCCAGAAACCCACUACCUAACCCCGCAUGCCUUCCGGCUCUGGAGCCAGCGCUUCGCCGCAGGCCUGCUCAAAUCCGGCCUCCAACCCGGCGACCGCGUCCUCCUCUUCUCAGGAAACGACCUCUUCUUCCCCGUAAUCCUCAUGGGCGUAAUAAUGGCCGGCGGCAUCUUCACAGCCGCAAACCCCACCUACGUCGCGCGCGAACUCGCCUACCAGCUCCAAGACAGCGGCGCAACAUACCUGCUCUGCGCCGGCUCAAGCCUCCCAACAGGCCUGGAAGCCGCAGCGCAAGCCGGGCUCCCGCGCUCGCGCGUCUUCGUCUUCGACAGCGACGUCUUCGACGGCAGCCAUAGCAGCUUUCCGCAGAGCGGGUGCGCGUACUGGGGGGCGCUGAUCGCGUCUGUUGAAGAGGGCGAGGCGUUUGCUUGGGAGGAGCUUGGGAGUGCGGGGCUGGCGGAUCGGACGCUUGCGCUGAAUUAUUCCAGUGGGACGACGGGGCGGCCGAAGGGCGUCGAGAUCACGCAUAAGAAUUAUGUGGCGAAUGUGUUGCAGCAUACGCAUUUGACGACGCUGAGGAAAGGGUAUGAGGUGCGGAAGGCGUCUAUGCGCUGGUUGUGCUUCCUGCCUAUGUAUCAUGCUAUGGCGCAGACGAUCUUUAUUGCGGGGGCUUUGGUGCAUGGGACGCCGGUUUAUAUCAUGCCCAAGUUUGAUUUUCAGAAGAUGCUUGAGUAUACGCAGGCUUUUCGCAUUACGGAUCUCACGCUUGUGCCGCCUGUUGUCGUUAUGCUUGCUAAGCACCCCUUGGUGAAGGAGUAUGAUCUUAGUAGUGUGGAUACGGUGGGGAGUGGUGCGGCGCCUUUGGGGCGGGAGGUUUGUGCUGAGGUGGAGCGGUUGUGGCCUGCUGGAGUGAUUAAUAUUAAGCAGGGUUGGGGGAUGACAGAGGCAACAUGUUCCAUUUUGGGAUGGGACCCGACAGAGACGAGCGACUCCGCAUCUGUCGGAGAACCUAAUGCCAACUGCGAGGCUAAGAUCAUGGCAGAUGACGUUACCGAAAUCACGGCACGCAAUCAGCGUGGUGAGUUGUGGGUCCGUGGACAGAAUAUCAUGAAGGGGUACUGGCGGAACCCGACAGCGACCAAGGAGACCAAGACGGACGAUGGCUGGCUGCGAACGGGGGACAUCGCGUAUGUAGAUGAUCAGGGCAAGUUCCAUGUAGUGGAUCGGAUGAAGGAAUUGAUCAAGGUCAAGGGCAACCAAGUGGCCCCUGCCGAAUUGGAAGCGAUCAUUUUGGAGCAUGCUGCCGUUGCCGAUGUUGCGGUGAUUGGUGUGACUAUUGACCAUGAUGAGCGACCUCGGGCAUAUGUCGUAUUGAAUCCGGGACAAUCCGCGACGAGUGAGGAGAUUGUCAGGUUCAUGGACGGCAAGGUCUCUGCCACGAAGCGGAUCACUGGCGGGGUAAAGUUCGUCGAGGCGAUCCCUAAGAAUCCAUCGGGGAAGAUCCUACGAGCAGUACUACGCGAGCAAGCGCGGGCGGAGCUGAAGCAACGUGCCACGGCGAAACUCUAG